CGGCAACCGCUUUGCGGAGAUCGUGCUGGAUAAACCCUUGGACCGCGAACAGCAGGCGGUGCACAGGUUCGUGCUUACCGCCGUGGACGGAGGGCAGCCGCAGAGGACCGGCACCGCACUGUUAGUGGUUAAAGUGCUGGACUCAAACGACAACGCGCCCACGUUCGAUCAAUCGGUUUACUCUGUGAGCUUGCGCGAGAACUCCCCAGUUGGCACGCUUGUUAUUCAGCUCAACGCCACCGAUAUGGACGAGGGCCAAAACGGAGAGAUUGUUUACUCUCUAAGUAGUCACAAUCCGCCGCGCAUUCGGGAUCUGUUUAACAUCGACUCGCGCACUGGGAGGAUUGAAGUGACCGGUGAGGUGGAUUACGAGGAGAGCAGCACGCAUCAGAUCUACGUGCAGGCGAAAGACAUGGGGCCGAACGCCGUGCCCGCGCACUGCAAAGUUCUGGUCAAACUCAUCGACGUGAACGAUAACACGCCGGAGAUUAGUUUCAGCACGGUCACGGAGUCGGUAAGCGAGCAGGCUGCCCCGGGCACUGUGAUCGCUCUGCUGAGCGUCACGGACCGUGACUCCGGCGAGAAUGGACAGAUGACCUGCGAGCUGCACGGCGAGGUUCCGUUCAAACUCAAGUCGUCUUUCAAAAACUAUUACACGAUCGUCACGGAGGGUCCACUGGAUCGCGAGAAAGCGGAGUCUUACACGCUCACGGUGGUCGCCAAAGAUAAAGGGGUGCCGUCUCUCUCCACAAGCAAGUCCAUCAAAGUGCACGUCUCGGACGAAAACGACAAUGCACCUAGAUUCAUACAAUCGGUUUACGACGUGUACGUGACGGAGAAUAACGUCCCGGGC